GGAGCUGCCUUAUCAAUGCCUCUUCUGAGUCAACCUAAACGAUACAUCACGUAAACUGACAACUGAAGUAUCCAAUUGUAUCUCCGCACAGUUUACAGCGUCCAAUCAGUUUUGUGUAGAGGUUGUCCUGUGCAAGGUAGGUGGGCUUAACAGCCUGAGAUAAAUUGGUCCGGUCUCAUACCUCAGGCUUGGUACAGCGGAGGUAGUAGCUGCUGUGGUAAGAGCCAGUCAUUAAGUUGAAUGCUCCGUGAUUUGGGUUUAUUCCUGUGCAGAGCACAGCGCACUGCUUAACUUGUACGAGGCUUCGUUCAUCUCCAAACAAACAGCCACCUAUGGAAGAGAUGGAAGAAGAAUUAAAAUGCCCUGUUUGCGGAUCGUUUUACCGGGAGCCCAUCAUAUUGCCGUGCUCCCACAAUAUCUGCCUGGCGUGCGCUCGGAAUAUUUUAGUGCAGACCCCAGACGCCGAAUCACCGCAGAGUACUCGGGCUUCUGGCUCGGGGGUUUCCGACUAUGACUACCUAGAUUUGGAUAAAAUGAGUUUGUACAGUGAGGCGGACAGCGGCUAUGGCUCGUACGGAGGCUUCGCUAGUGCCCCGACCACCCCUUGCCAGAAAUCCCCGAACGGGGUGCGGGUUUUCCCCCCUGCCGUCCCUCCUCCUCCUCCCCAGCACCACCUGCUACAGCACCCCGGCUCUCUGCCUCCCAUCCCUCGCAACUCCUGCAUCACCUGCCCGCAGUGCCAUCGAAGCCUAAUCCUGGACGACCGGGGGCUCCGCGGUUUCCCCAAGAACAGGGUGCUGGAAGGGGUGGUCGACAGGUACCAGCAGAGCAAAGCGGCCGCACUGAAGUGUCAGCUUUGCGAAAAGAGCCCCAAAGAAGCUACUGUGAUGUGUGAGCAGUGCGACGUCUUCUACUGCGACCCUUGCCGUCUGAGAUGCCACCCUCCCCGGGGCCCGCUCGCCAAGCAUCGCCUCGUACCCCCGGCUCAGGGGAGGGUUAGCCGCAGACAGAGCCCCCGAAAAAUUUCCACCUGUACCGAGCACGAACUGGAGAACCACAGCAUGUACUGCGUCCAGUGCAAGAUGCCUGUGUGCUACCAGUGUCUGGAAGAGGGCAAGCACUCCACGCAUGAAGUCAAAGCGUUGGGGGCCAUGUGGAAACUUCACAAGUUGUGUUGCCAUGGUGUUCUUGUCGUGCAGCCUGCAGAUGCCCCAGAGACGCCCUUAGUGACAUCAGGUUGGGGAGCAUUGCAGGAGAAUGGGGUGGAGUUUGAGGCCUGCCUGGUGGCACAGUGUGAUGCUCUCAUCGACGCACUGAACAGGAGGAAAGCCCAGCUGCUGUCUCGGGUCAACAAGGAACACGAGCACAAACUCAAGGUGGUGCGUGAUCAGAUCGCUCAUUGUACGGUCAAAUUGCGCCAGACCACUGGACUGAUGGAGUAUUGCUUGGAGGUCAUCAAGGAGAAUGACCCUAGUGGCUUCCUACAGAUCUCAGAUGCUCUGAUCAGAAGGGUACACAUGACAGAAAGCCAGUGGGGGAAGGGCACACUGACUCCAAGGAUGACCAGUGACUUCGACCUGACUCUGGACAGUGGGCCACUUCUGCAGACCAUCCAACAGCUGGACUUCGUUCAGAUGAAAGUUCCCUCUGCAGUCCCAGCUUCCCCUAUCCUGCAGCUGGAGGAAUGCUGCACGCAAAAUAACAGUGCCACGUUGUCAUGGAAACAGCCACCCCUCUCCACAGUGCAGGUGGACGGCUACAUCCUGGAACUUGAUGAUGGGAACGGAGGUCAAUUCAGGGAGGUGUAUGUAGGGAAGGAAACCAUGUGCACAGUGGACGGGCUGCACUUCAACAGCACUUACAAGUGCCGUGUGAAGGCCUUCAAUGUCAGCGGAGUGGGGCAGUACAGCAAGACACUGGUCAUGCAGACCUCUGAGACUGGAUACACUCCAUGCGAUUUAAAAAAUCUAGCAGCAGUUGCCUGGUUUACCUUUGACCCCACUUCCGCCCACCCAGACAUCAUCUUCUCUAAUGACAACCUGACUGUGACAUGUAACAGCUACGACGAUCGGGUGGUGCUGGGCAACACUGGCUUCUCACGCGGUAUACACUACUGGGAGCUGAGCGUCGAUCGCUAUGACAACCACCCCGACCCUGCCUUCGGGGUGGCCCGGGUGGACGUGCUGAAGGACGUCAUGCUGGGCAAGGACGACAAGGCCUGGGCCAUGUAUGUUGACAACAACCGCUCCUGGUUCAUGCACAACAAUUCGCACACCAGCAGGACGGACGGGGGGAUCAGUAAAGGGGCAACGGUGGGGGUGCUGCUGGACCUGACCCGUGGAAUCCUAAUCUUCCUGGUGAAUGAUGAGCAGCAGGGACCCAUUGCCUUUGAAGCAAUGGAGGGCCUCUACUUCCCAGCAAUAAGCCUCAACAGAAACGUGCAGGUGAGUCUACACACUGGAUUAGCUAUCCCAGAUUUCUACACCCCAGGGCAACCAGAGCAUCCCAGCUCAGUUUGUUAAUGGAAGAGCGGCACCAGUGUGGACCAGGGACUGGUCUCUGUGUUCUCUUCGGCUGCAUCCCUACUCCACACUUGUCCUCCAUUACACUUGGAGGUUGGUCCGAUCUCACGCCUGUGAGCACCCUGGAGUCGGUCCCAAGGGAAGACACAACACAGAGCAUCCCCCGGAAAGAAAGAGGUCUUAAAUUACAGCUGAUCAUGGGACAUGUUUGCUGCUGCUUUCUGCAAAGCCAGAUAUAUAGUUUUAUGUAAUCUCCAGGCUGAAGGCAUGCUGUUCCAGCAACAUCUGUAAAGAGCCUGUUUUUCAACUGGAAAUGUUUCAGUUUUGCAUACAGAACUGUCAUGUAUAACAGCUGUUUAGGAUUUUUUGUUUAAAAUUGCAGCAAGUAAACCUAAAAUCUGCGGGUGCCAUUCUCUGCUUAAGUCAGGUGACCAGCUGUUUUUUCCCCCUCUGUUGUUGAAAUUUUGGCUUUCUGCUGACAAGCCAAAACCCUGCUAUCCUUACUAUCUCUGUAUCUGGGCUAAUAGGGGUGUACACAAAACCUGGGGAACCGUACUAAGGGACAGCUUUGCACAGCUUGCUUCUAUGAGUUACAAUAAUAGUCCUCUAGGUGGAGCAAGAAUUCAGAAUUUAAAUAUGGAGGUGGGAUAAAAUGUGCAUAUUGUCACCGGAAGUGAAAGAAUUGAGUAUUUGCACAUCUCCAUUUGACAUCACUCUUUUUUUAACACUAUAGAUGGACAGAUUUUAAGUCAAUUGUUUCUUAUUUUGUUAUCUGCAAGCUUAUCAUCCCUUAAUGUUUUAUGCUCCUGUGUGGCCUAAACUUACAGCCCUUUGAUGACCAAACCUUUAUCUCCUCACUCUGUCUCUCUUUCUACUUCAGAACUCAAAAUCCUGCUAGUCUCCUAUCAGUCUGAGAUAGCUUAUCAGUGACCUACAGCCAGGGGGAAUGCACUAAGCAAAGAGCUCGACACCUGCAUUGGUCCAGAAAAUACAAUGACCAAAUGGCAAAACGGUGUGCUCUUGGACAAAAGCCUGGCACUGUGGUAUGUCUGAGGCUAGCUGACAUUAGUGUGUGAUGAUCCCUGGAGCAAACAGUCGAAUCGUGGGGGGCAUUUUUGGCAUGCCAGGUGUUUUCUGUUGGUAGCUUGUUACCUUUUAAUGUCUACUACUGCAAAGGUGCAAUUCAGCCAGAAACCAGCCUUCAGUCUUUACUACAACACAACAGCCUUUACUCGUGAUGAGGAAAUAUCUCAUUGAUAUUGCAGCAUCUCCGUAAUGCACAGGAUCCAUCGAUUUCUUUAACUGCUGUGCAGCUUUUGCACAAGGUUCAUAAGGUGCUACGGCAGCUGGCUAAAAAACAACAGUUAUCUAGGUGAUUGAGUUUUGGUAGUCUCUCAGUUUUGUAUUGCUUAUCAUUAUAUACUGUAUAUAUACCUCUUAGUGUCUUGAUCAUCAUGGUUGUUGUUUUCUACUAGAUUCUACUAGAUUUCUUCAUACCUUAACUAAAGCCAAAUUUACAUAAUGGGCAUAUACAGGAAGGUCUGAUUGUGUAAACAUCCUGUGGUAAGAAUUCAGUGGAUGUCAUUCUAGACUAUUAUUAUAUUAACUCAAAUUGCUAUAGCAAUUUGUAAGUCAUUGGCCUGUAGUCAGGUCUAGGGAAUAAAUUCUGAGUGUGUAUGAGUUUGCACAUUUCAUAUAUCUGGGUUUAGGUUUUCACAUUAGGUUUUAGUUCUCUGAAAAUUACUCAGACUUCUUUCAGUAGAAGUAAUGAAUCAUAAAUAUAUUGUUUGUGCUCCUGAGUAGGAGGUAGGAAUGGACAUCAGUGGUACCAGCCACUGGAUGAGGAUGUUGCCAAGAUUCUUCAGAUCUCAUCAGCCAGCACUAAGAAUCAAUUCCAAAAGUCUAGCCUUCACAAUUCGCAAUGAUUUACUUGUAGCGACCAAAAUUCCUCACCUCAGGAAAUGAGUCUGCUCACAAUGUGCAAGGGUGCUUAUGAAUACUCAGAUAUUUGUUUUUUUUUCCCUGGAUGGAAUGAAAGUAUGCCUACAGUAACUGGACAAAUUCAGCACAAUGGUUUUCAACAGCUUAUAAUACUGUAUUUAUGAAGGUGCUGUACAAAACAAAAAAAUACUUACUGGGAGUGCCUUUCUAAUGAUUCUUUAAAUCUGUUGGCAGUUGUCUGCUGGUGCCGUGCAAAUAUUUUUUGCAAAACACAAAGUUCGCAGGACAUGCCAGUGUGACAGGAUUCAGCAUUGGUUGCUUAUCAUUUAGACUGAGAAACCUAUUUACUGCUGGUCCUUGACACUGAGGAGGAACUGGGCUUUCGUUCCAGAUUGCUUAGUCAUUCCUCAGUAGCACAGGUCUCAGUAGAUUGUGUUCAGUUGGGGUUGAAGGAAAAGUCGAUUUUGCUAUACCCAGUUGUUAUAAUGCAAACCAAUGUGCCAUCCCUAAUCUGCUUGUGGAGCUUAAUGGAAAAUAGUCAGAGAAUGAAAAUGUAUGUAUAGUUUUCUGUGUUCUUCAGACCAUGACAUUGGCAUAAAUCAGCCAUGGUUAGUUCAAGGACAACAAUCCUGUAUGUGUUGUAUUAUCAUUGUGAAGGAAGGAUUAAUUAAGUAAUUUAGCAAGCUAUUGGAAUGAAAGACGGCUAAUAUGUUUUAUAUAAAUGAGAUCCUACUGCUGAUUGGAAAUGUCGUUCAUGUAAUUACUCAUUGGGCAAAAGUGCAUGAAAAUAAGCACUCCUGACAUCCCUGAAAAUUCUCAAAGCACAAAUAGUGCUGACAAAUCAGAAAGGAACAUAGCUUUUUUGUUUUUUUGGUAAGAAGCAUUAGUUGAACAUUAUUCUCCCUACAGUAUUCGGCCAAUCACCAAUACUUUCACACCUGAGGCCAAACAUUUGCUAGAAAAUGAACAACAUAAUGAAGAACAUUGAACGAGUGCAGAACUACCCUCAAAUAUCUUCAUAAUUACAAAAGAGGAUUCAUUUUCCUCUCUGUUGCUAGUCUCCAAUGGAAAACUGUUAGACAAAUUGGUGAAACACCAUCUUCACAUUAACAAGAGUGGAACCAUAUUCUGCUUGUGUGCAGUAAUUCUUGAGGUUUCUGUAUGGAUAGACUGAAUCUAAUGUGGCUGGUCACAGCACGAAUGAAAUUCUCAAGUCUUUAUUGCUCCAGCAACUGCUUGUACAAGCUGCAAUGAAAAGUAUGAUUGGGCUUGAACAAUCUACAUUAUUAUCCCUCUGAAAACUAAGUGGAAAUAUCAACAAAAGCAAGAUGUUAUGGUUCAAUGGAUGGAUGACAUUAAUUGUGACAGGAGGGUUUCACUGUGCUUUAUGUGCAAGCCAGGAAUUACACACUGCAAGGAUGACUCAUGACUGUACCAUAAUGAAUGCUUUCUGGCACAGAUGGAAACAGAAAAAUGGGGAAGUAUGCCAGGAGCUCAAAAACAAGGAUUAGUUGAUGCCAGGAGCUUUUAAACAAGCCACUGCAGAGACAUCCUGUCAUUUCUCCCCUUAGAAAAAACAUAUAUUUAGAAACGUGAAUUCUACUUAUGUGUUUUCCAAGUUAAUACAAUAUCCUUAUAACUGUUUACAGAGGUAUAACAUAGUUAAGGCAGAGUAAAGUUUAGUGAAGCACAGUGAAAUGAUUAAAGCAUAGUAAAGCAUGACAAAGCACAGUAUAUGCAUGGUAAAUUGCAUAUUUACUUAUUGGAAGACGGAAUCUACAUUACCAUCCCAGUUCAUGAUUAUUAAAUGCUCUGUUGGUACGUUAUUACAUUACUCUUUAGAAGUAUCGGUAACAUUUAGUUCUAACUGAUAAGCAUAUGUUGUGCCGCUUAUAUUUAACAUAGCUAGCAUUUGCCCUCAUAUACUGGUGCCAUAUCUUCAUUCCCCACAGACAUGUUCCCUAUGCUAGGUUCAUUAACAGAACUAACAUGGAAGUCCUCUGUUCUUUUUUGAGGGGUCUGAAAAAUUAAAAUUGGAAACUGCUUUUUAGUUAACAAUCUUGCUUUGUAGAUGCUUAUAUAGCAGGUUUUCAUCUUUGUACAAUAGCUCUUAUCUUGAUCCCUAUUGUGACUUUUUAAUGCUUCUGAUUACCUGUCACACACCAAAUAUGUAAUGUGUGUCUUAAGGCUUAUGCCGAAUUAAUAUGUUCAUCAGAUCUGGAAAGCAGUUAGUCAUAAUUUCAGCUUACUUUAUACACGAUAUUCAAGAUUGUCCUUAGAAGACAAACACAAUCAAUCAAGCAUGGUGAAUAGCUUACAAGGGACUUGAUACCUAAAAGAUGCGUAUAACCAUUUAAUGCAAUGAAUAGAGAAGGAUUAUGUGGCCGCCAUAGUACUUACUGACUCCAUUUUUAAAUGGAUUUUGAUUAACUAGAAGGGUGCUAUGCCAACUUGAUUAUCAAGUCCCACAAUUUUUUUCUUCUGCGAUCUCAUUUCUAGUUUUAAAAGGGAACCAGUGUUAUUGCUGGACAGUAAGAUGUGGUUCCUUAUUUGUGGGAUGUGUGUGGCAGUGCCCACGUUCCUGCCAUUAGUGUUAUUUUCACAGUGACAAUGACCAUGUGUUCUAGUUAAGCCUUCUGUCCUGCUGGUGAUGUUAAUAGAAUGUACUGUAACUCUUUGCCACCUCGUACCACUCUUUGUUUUUUAUUUGCCUAUUAGUGUGGUUAUUAUUGUCAAUGUUGGUAUUAUUGCUAUCUGAUUAUUAUUGUUGCUGUUGAAAGGCCAUUUUUUCUGUUCCAAUGAAUAUUUAAUAAAUUAAUUACAAAUGC